AUGCGUAUUGAUGCAGGAGACACUAUUUUAAAAAACCAUCUUGAGCAUGGAAAGAAAAAUGCAAGUUAUCGAUCGGUUGACAUCCAGAAUGAGAUUAUCAGUAUUUGUGGAGAUGUUAUUAAGGCCGAUUGCAUCAAAAAUGUGAAGAUUUUGCAAGCAUAUAGCAUUUUAGCAGACGAAACAGCGGAUAUCUCUGGAAAGGAACAGCUCUCAGUUGGCAUAAGAUAUUGUGAUAAGGAAACCAGCAACAUAGAAGAAGUAUUCCUCGGAUUUGCUGAGCUUACAGCCUUGGACGCUAAAUCAAUUGCCACGGCAAUAAACGAAUUCCUGACGAAAGAGGAUCUCGAUCCAGAUAAAUGCGUUGGUUUGGGAUUCGAUGGUUGUUCCACGAUGUCUGGAAAAGAAGGUGGCGUUCAGGCUAUUUUGCGUAAAAAAUACAAGAAAGCACUAUUUUUUCAUUGCUCGUCACAUAAACUCAACCUGGUAAUCAAUGAUCUGAAUGCUCUGCCGGAGAUCCGAAAUACAGUGGGGGCCAUCAAAGAUAUAAUUACAUUUUUUCGUGAAUCGGUUCUAAGAAGAAAAUUAAUACCCAAUAUUCCCAAGCUGUGCGAAACAAGGUGCAGCGAGAAAUACAAGAGCAUCAGAGUUUUUAAAGAGAACUUUUGUGAUAUAAUGGAGGCACUAGAAACCCUGUCUGCAGCUUCCAAAGUUUCGUUUAUUUUUAGCCUUGGAUUGAUAUCCAAAUAUUCCGCUCUUUUAGAACCAACAGUAAACGUGCUCCAAUCAGUCUCCUUGGAUGCAGUUCAGGCAUCACAGCAUAUUGGUCGUAUUUCAAAACUGAUCAAAAACCACCGUGAGAAUCCCGAAAAAAUAACAGAAGAAAUUUUCAAAGAUGCUUCUGUUAUUGCGAAAAAAAUUGUAUUGGAUAUGAAAUCAAUACCGCGUACUGCUGAAAGACAACAACACCCUUUUGAAUGCGCAAAAUCGGUUAUUACAUUAGCAAUAUCUACUUUUCGAGCUUCCUCAUUUUCUAUGGAAAUAAUUGCUAAAGCUGAUAAUCUUUCUUCAGCCAUGCAAUUCCUUAUGUAUGUUUUUAUUAACUUUAAUUUUGAAAAAGACCGUUCAGCUGAUGCAACCGAAGCUGGAAUGGCCAAAAAAAUAUUACAAGCUGUAACAAUCUCACUGAAACUCGAAGACGAAAAAUAA